UGAGUGAAGCAAAGCAGAGCGGAGCAGAGCUAAGCAGAGCGGAGCAGAGCAGACACAAUCAUAAGAGCAGGCCACACCUGGUCCACGCUGUCAUUCCUCGUUCUUGUUUGGCAGCACCAGAGCAUUCUCGAGUCCAUUAGCUUGUCCACUCUUUAGCGACUCCACAAGUGGUGGGAAAUAGUUCUGCUUCGCCGCGAUUAUUUGUCGACUUUCAACCUAGUGCGCACUGAGGAGCAACCAACCAUCGCGAGGCAUUUUGAGUCACUCCUGCACGAGUAGCCGGUACGCCCACGCGCUAUUACUCGCCAGUGGCCGACAUGUGUCUGUCGGUGUGGGUGCUGGACGGCCAUCCGCUCUACGCGCUGCUCCUCGCGUCCAACCGCGACGAGCUCCUCGCCAGGCCCACGGACCCCGCGCACUAUUGGCGCGACGAUCCGCGCGUGCUGGCGGGGCGCGACCUUCUGUGCGGCGGCACGUGGCUGGGCGCCAGCACGGGCGGGCGACUCGCGUUCCUCUCCAACUGCUGGGCCGUCGGCAACCGCGCCGACGCUAUCAGCCGCGGCGCUCUCAUCACCGACUUCCUGCAGGGCGCAGAGGGCGCAGAGGGCCCGCGGGAGUACCUGGAGUCGGUGGCUCGGCGCGCUCACCGCUUCAACGGAUUCAACCUCGUCGCUGCUGACGUGGCACGCGAAAGGGGGAGCAGCCGCAGCGAGGAUGCGGCAGGAGCGGAGGAGAAGGGCGGUGGGGAGAGUGAGAGGGACGCAGAGGGCGCAGGAGAGAGUGAGAGCUCCUCUGCUCGCGUGCGCAUGUACUACCUGACAAACGCCGCGCCACACAACAGGAGCUCCAGCAGUGGCGCGGAUGGCGGCGGGGAGAGUGGGCAAGGGGAGGCGAGUGGCGUGGUGCGAGUGGAGCCAGGGCUGCACGGGCUGAGCAAUGCGGCUCUUGACACUCCGUGGAGCAAAGUGGAGCGAGCCAAGGCGCACUUAGCCGAGGUGGUGGCGGAGAGUGGGGGAGGGGAGGUGUCAGCGGAUGUGAUUAUGGAGAGAGUGCUCAUGGACGCGUGGCAACCUGUGCACCCACACACCAGUGCUGACGUGGACGAGGCAGAGCACUGCCCCAUGGGGCCGGAGUACGACCAGAGGCUGACCCCUGUCUUUGUCAACUGUGACACUCCCAAGGGAGCGUACGGAACGCGCAGCUGCAUAGUGGUGGCAGUGCACCGCACGGGGCUGGUGGAGUUCACUGAGAAGUCCAGGAGUGCUGAUGCGCCCACUGAGUGGACGUGGAAACGAUUCAGAUUUCAUAUAAAUGAUGGCGGUGAUUUGCCGUCCAGUGCGGGGAAUGACACAGAUGCAUGCGGAGAUGGGGUGUUGAGCAUGAUUGAAACCUUCCAGGGUAAAGCAGGGUAGGAGUAUGGUGUGCAACUCAGGUUGCCACUACAAAAAUUUGUUAAUUGCUUUCCCUUAUUCUAUUGUAUUGAUGCAUUUAGCAAGUCUUACAAAAGCCUUUUUAUGCUUGAAAAGUGUAGAUUGAUGUAGCAAUGUUUGGAGUUUGAGCAAAGUAUGAAGAAUGAUUCAGGGA